GCACCCACCACCUCCCAAAGGCCCAAACUGCCCCCCUUCUCUUCUCCUCUUUAGACUAGAAGGAAGAAGCAGCAAACCCUGAUUCUGCCCGGCCGCCGCCGGCCGGAAGUCCGGAACAGAUGGUGCUCACAACACGCCGAGAUUCACCAUCCUCUCCCAGGAUUUCUCGAAGGAUUCAUGAAGUCCGUUCUUGCUCCACCCCCCGUACGGCCCCUUGUUCGGCGAAGAGAAAAUCCGUUUCCCAAGCACGGGCACCCUCUCGGCGAACAAGGUGCGAUCUCCACGAUCCGGCAACUCCCUGCGUUUCGUUGAGCCAGAUCUCUGUCCAGCGGCGGGGGCCAGAGGUUAUCCUGGGUGACGUUGAUCUGCUGCUGUGUUGCUCUUCUCUGAUCCCCAUUUGGGGGGCGAAGCGACCGCGCGGUGCUCUCACCAGUUUCCCGCGGCUUGGCCCCUCUCAGAUCCUCACUUGGGGCGCGAAGCGAGCUCGCAGUGCGCUCCUCAGUGCCCAGCUGCUUCCCGUCCCUCCCGAUUGGAGAGACUGGACGAAUCUCGGGGAUGGGCCUGCGGGGCUAAUUGCCGAGCGCCUCCUGGCCGAUGAUGUCGCGGAUUACGUUUGCUUCCGCGCAGUUUGCCGUCCGUGGCGUCUCUGCUCCACGGACCCGUGCGAGCACGGCAUCCUGGACCGCCGCUUCCACCCACGCCAGUGGAUCAUGCUCAGGGAAAAAAGAGCCACUCCGCACCGCCGCAGAUUCAUGAACGUCUCCGCCGGCCAUUGCAGGGACGUUCACCUCCCGGAGCUCAACGGGCACGAGGUGUACGGGCCAACCACGGAGGGCCUCCUCGUCCUCCUCGACAGGGUCACCUACGUGGUGCGCGUGCUGAACCCGUUCACCCGCCAGGUGGCCGACUUCCCGCCGGCCAACACGCUGCUGACCCAGAGCGAUCUGUUCCAAGCCAAAAUCUGCAAGCACUUGUGGCAGUUUUUGCAGUUAUCCGGCGCCGGCCUUGCUGCCGACGACUCCAUCGCGGUCUGUUUCAAAGGGAUCCAGACGGUUGUUGUAGGCAAGCCAGGCGACUUGCAGUGGACGGUGGUUGAUCGCAGCCGAUGUUUCUUGCAAGCCAUGUCCUUCGCUGGCCGCUUCUACUGCGCCAUGAAUGGUGCUGUCAUGGUGGUGGAAACCAGCGCUGGCCACCCGCCACGGAUGACCGUGGCUGCCAAGCUGACCAGGCCGCUGUCCAGGAUGAUGAUGGACACCCUGCACCUUGUGGAGAUCGCCGGGGAGCUGAUGUUUGUGGACCAUCAACGCUACGGCAAUGUCUCUAGUGAAUUCAGGGUGCACCGGGUGGACUUGGAUGCGGGGAAGAUAGUGCCUGUCCAUGGGUUCGGUGGACACACCGUGUUUCUGGGCAUACAGUUAGCCCUUUCUGUCUCUCCUUCGGUGUUCCCCUCGGUCAAUGCGGAUGCAAUUUACUUGGGAUUCGACGACUCGUUGCCAUAUAGACUGGGCAAUGGCCCGAUUCAGAUUAUGGAUGGAACCUCAGAGCCUCGUCUAUUCGAAGACAGCAGCAGUGAACUUGAUGACAGCAUCCAUGACAGUCCGCUUUAUGGACCUUUGGGAGUUGAUCACUAUCUAUCCUGGUGUGUUACAGACUAUCGAGACAACUCAACCGACACAUAAUGGUCUGCAGCUGUUUGCAAACAGUAGUGGGAAGUCAGAUACUGCAGCAUGAAUACAGUAUGUCCAUUCUUGUGGUUCCAUAUCAUUCUUAGCAUGUUUCCCUUUUAGUAUUUGUACCAGGAGUUAUAUUUGUAUACAGUAUGCAUCAUUCCCAGUUGUGGUUUCGUUUAUCAUUCUCAACAUGUUUCCCUUUCAGUAUUUGUAUAAGGAGUUAUAUUUAUACCUUAUCUUAACAUUUGUUACGGUUCCCUGUCAUCCUUAGGAUAGAGUGAGAAUUAUUUAUUUUGUUCGUUUGGUCAA